GAGAACCCGGGAGGAAGGCGGAGUCUCCUCGCGGUGGCCCCGCCCAGGGGCGGUGCCGAGCGAGAGGAAGGCGGGGCUCGCGGCGAGGAGGUCCGCUUCCGAGGCGGCUGAGGAGGUUUGGUAGUGGGCCCAGCGGGUGGCCCGGGUCACCGCCCGCUCUUCGGCGGCCAUCUUGCCGGCGCCCGUCUCCCGCGGCGGGAGGGGCGGCGUACAGGCCGGAAACGUCUGUGUGGCGACACGCCACCUCCUCAGGGACGUAGCAAGCUUCUCAAGACAUGGUUAAGAAGCUUCCUUUCUUUGUGAGAAUCUAGUGAAUGGACCUGACUGGACUUUUUAAGCCCAUCAAUAAACAUGAGCGGUACCAAGCCUGAUAUUUUGUGGGCACCACACCAGGUUGAUAGAUUCGUUGUAUGUGACUCAGAGCUGAGCCUUUAUCAUGUGGAAUCGGCUGUGAAUUCAGAACUCAAAGCUGGAUCAUUACGUUUAUCUGAAGACUCUGCAGCUACAUUACUGUCAAUAAACUCAGAUACACCCUAUAUGAAAUGUGUUGCGUGGUAUCUCAAUUAUGAUCCUGAGUGUCUCCUAGCAGUUGGACAAGCAAAUGGUCGAGUUGUACUUACAAGUCUUGGUCAAGAUCAUAACUCUAAGUUUAAAGAUUUGAUAGGAAAAGAAUUUGUUCCAAAACAUGCUCGACAAUGCAAUACGCUUGCGUGGAAUCCACUGGAUAGUAACUGGCUUGCUGCUGGUCUAGACAAACACAGAGCUGACUUUUCAGUUCUGAUAUGGGAUAUCUGCAGCAAAUAUACUCCUGAUAUUGUUCCCAUGGAAAAAGUGAGACUUUCAGCAGGUGAAGCUGAAACAACAUUAUUAGUAACAAAACCACUGUAUGAGUUAGGGCAGAAUGAUGCUUGUCUAUCUCUUUGUUGGCUUCCACGAGACCAGAAGCUUCUUCUUGCUGGCAUGCAUCGUAACCUAGCCAUAUUUGAUCUUCGGAACACAAGCCAGAAGAUGUUUGUAAAUACAAAAGCUGUUCAAGGAGUGACAGUGGACCCUUACUUCCAUGAUCGUGUUGCUUCCUUCUAUGAAGGUCAGGUUGCAAUAUGGGAUCUUAGAAAAUUUGAGAAGCCAGUUUUGACUUUGACUGAACAACCAAAGCCCUUGACAAAAGUAGCAUGGUGUCCAACUAGGACAGGCCUGCUUGCUACUUUAACAAGGGAUAGUAAUAUUAUUAGGCUGUAUGAUAUGCAGCACACACCCACUCCCAUUGGGGAUGAAACUGAGCCCACAAUAAUUGAAAGAAGUGUGCAACCUUGUGACAAUUACAUUGCUUCCUUUGCAUGGCACCCAACGAGUCAAAAUCGAAUGAUAGUUGUGACUCCCAACCGAACAAUGUCUGACUUCACUGUAUUUGAAAGGAUAUCUCUUGCCUGGAGCCCAAUUACAUCUUUAAUGUGGGCUUGUGGUCGCCAUUUGUAUGAGUGUGCAGAAGAAGAAAGUGAUAAUUCCUUAGAAAAAGAUAUAGCAACAAAAAUGCGCCUUCGGGCUUUAUCAAGGUAUGGACUUGAUACCGAACAGGUAUGGAGAAACCACAUUUUAGCUGGAAAUGAAGACCCACAGCUCAAGUCGCUCUGGUAUACUCUGCACUUUAUGAAGCAAUAUACAGAAGAGAUGGAUCAAAAAUCACCAGGCAACAAAGGAUCAUUGGUUUAUGCAGGAAUUAAAUCAAUAGUAAAAUCAUCAUUAGGAAUGGUAGAAAGCAGCAGACAUAAUUGGAGUGGCUUGGAUAAACAAACUGAUAUUCAGAACUUAAAUGAAGAGAGGAUUUUAGCGUUACAGCUUUGUGGGUGGAUAAAGAAAGGAACGGAUGUAGAUGUGGGGCCAUUUUUGAACUCCCUUGUACAAGAAGGAGAAUGGGAAAGAGCUGCUGCCGUGGCUUUGUUCAACUUGGAUAUUCGGCGAGCAAUCCAAAUCCUGAAUGAAGGGGCAUCUUCAGAAAAAGGAGAUCUGAAUCUCAAUGUGGUGGCAAUGGCUUUAUCAGGGUAUACGGACGAGAAGAACUCCCUGUGGAGGGAGAUGUGCAGCACACUACGCUUGCAGCUCAACAACCCCUAUCUGUGUGUCAUGUUUGCAUUUCUGACGAGUGAAGCAGGGGCCUAUGAUGGAGUUUUGUAUGAAAACAAAGUUGCUGUACGGGACAGAGUGGCAUUUGCUUGUAAAUUCCUUGGUGAUGCUCAGUUAAAUAAAUACAUUGAAAAGCUGACCAAUGAAAUGAAAGAGGCUGGGAAUUUGGAAGGAAUCUUGCUGACCGGCCUCACUAAAGAUGGAGUGGAUCUGAUGGAGAGUUAUGUGGACAGAACUGGAGAUGUCCAAACAGCAAGCUACUGCAUGUUACAGGGUUCACCUUUAGAUGUUCUGAAAGAUGAAAGGGUUCAAUAUUGGAUUGAGAAUUACAGAAAUUUAUUAGAUGCCUGGAGGUUUUGGCACAAACGGGCUGAAUUUGAUAUUCAUAGGAGUAAAUUGGAUCCCAGUUCCAAGCCUUUAGCACAGGUGUUUGUGAGUUGUAAUUUUUGUGGCAAAUCAAUCUCCUACAGCUGUUCCUCUGUGCCUCAUCAGGGCAGAGGGUUUAGUCAGUAUGGUGUAAGUGGCUCACCAACAAAAUCCAAAGUCACAAGCUGCCCUGGCUGUCGAAAACCCCUUCCUCGAUGUGCACUUUGCCUCAUUAAUAUGGGAACACCUGUUUCUAGCUGUCCUGGUGGAUCCAAAUCAGAUGAAAAAGUGGACUUGAGCAAGGACAAAAAGUUAGCUCAGUUUAACAAUUGGUUUACCUGGUGUCACAAUUGUCGGCAUGGUGGGCAUGCCGGACAUAUGCUAAGUUGGUUCAGGGACCACGCAGAGUGUCCUGUAUCUGCAUGCACGUGUAAAUGUAUGCAGUUGGAUACAACAGGAAAUCUGGUGCCUGCAGAGACUCUUCAGCCAUGAAAUGUUACAUCUGAAGAGAAACCUUCAAGUGUGGAGUCUUUAAUAGAUGUCCUUCAUAGUUCAAAAAAAUACCUCAGAACAAGUCACUCAUGAGUUUCCUAUAAUGGGGAAAUAAAUCAUUCUAUCAGCUCAGCAAUUUGAUAUUUUGAGUGAUUUUGACGUACUUCUCAGAGGCAAACGCGCUGCUGAUAUGAACAUCAGAGCAUGAAUAUUGGUGCUGUUUAGUAGGGUAAAGUUUAUUUGAAAGAACUUUCUAGGCUUUUGUCAAAAUUAUGUGUAUAGAUGGUUUUAGAAUAAAAACAGACCUUGUGCCUGUAUCUUCACUCUGAAAUUGAUAACUUUUGAUAAAAUCUGUACAUGUUUAAAGCCAAAUGCCAAUUCAGUGGUUCAUCUAUCAAUGUAAACUUAUUCCUGCUUAAAUAUGCUUUCAGAGAAAAUGUGAAUUUUUACAUUGAGAAUUAGCUCCUGACCCACACUGGAGAAUACAUGCACGUGUGCAUAUGUGCACACACAUAUUUAACGAAUCUUCAACCUCAUACAUUUGUAUUUUAAUAUAAAAGAUUUUGACAUAGAUCAUUCUUGUCUUCCUCAAAAAUCCAAGUUAGGAGCAGGCUGGUGAGAUGGUUCAGCAUAUAAGAAGCAUGCCACCCCAGAAGACCUAAGUGCAGUCAGUCCUUGGGACCCAUGUGUUGGAAGCAGUGAUUCAGCUGACCCCCAGAAGUGUGCUGCAGCAUGGGGCAGGCAGAUACGCACGCAUGCGCAUUAGAAAAUAAAGAAUAAUAAAAAAAUUUAAAACCA